UUCAGUGCUCCUAUUGGCCAAAAGUUCGUAGGGGGCGGCUCUACUUCACAUUCGUUGGUCAGUUGAGCUGGGCCGGGCAAGAUUGCGCGUUCCCAUUGGCUGAUUGUUCCAGGAGUGUUUGGGCAGCGGUUGAGCUGGCCUUGGGGCGCAGGACCACAACACAGCCUUGAGUAGCGAGACCACGACGGCCAUCCCAGGUGUUUGGAGGAUAAAGGUGACGAGGGUCCCGUGGGAGAGAGGGCAGGAGGAGAAGAAGGGUGAGCGACGAUGGGAUGCCCAAGUGUGGGGCUCGCGGGCUGUCUGUCCCGUAGGGCGAUGACCACCCCGGCGGGCUCGGGCACGGGCUUCGGCUUGGUGUCCUGGUGGGGCCUGUCACCAGCGCUGGACCUGCAGGCGGAGAGCCCUGCAGUGCACGCGGACGCCGACGCCGCGCAAGCCGACUCGGAGCUCGAGCUCGACGUGCUGCUGCUGGGCUCUGUGGACGGACGCCACCUGCUGCGCACCCUGGCCCGGGCAGGGCGCUGGCCGCGCAGGAGGCUCAACUUCUAUAUGCUGGAGCAAAACCUGGAGGCUGUCGCCCGACACAUGCUUCUCUUCAGCCUUGUCCUGGAGGACCCUGAGAAGAUGGGGCUGCAAGAGCGGAGCGAGACCUUCCUGGAGGUAUGGGGGAACGCGCAGCUGCGGGCCCCGGUGGCCGCCUUCGUGCGCGCGCAGGCCGUCCGUCUGGCGCUCCUGGUCCCCGAGCCCGCUCGCCUGGAGCGGGAGUUGCCGUGGCUCCGCCUCUGCGCGCUCAAGUUCCGCGAACGCGACGCGCUGGAGGCCGUGUUCCGCUUCUGGUCCGGCGGGGAGCAGGGCCCAGAGGCCUUUCCGGUGGGCCGCCUGUGGGACGCACGCGUGCGACACUACCUGGGCUCCCGCUAUGACGCCCGGCGCGGGGUCAGCGACUGGGACCUGCGCAUGAAGUUGCACGACCGCGGGGCCCGGGUCAUCCACACCCAGGAAUUUCGCCGCUGGAGGGACACAGGGGUCGCCUUUGAACUCAGAGACUCCAGUGCCUACCACGCGCCCAACCGGACCCUGGCGUCCGGCCGGCUCCUGACCCACCACGGGGAGCGCGUGGCGACGCGCGGGUACUGGGGGGACAUCGCCACGGGGCCCUUCGUGGCCUUUGGCAUUGAGGCCGACGACCAGAGCCUCCUGCAGACGAGGAACGGGCAGCCAGUCAAGACUGCAGGGGAGAUCACGCAGCACAACGUGACCGAGGUGCUCCGCGAGCUGGCCGCCUGGGGGCGCCCGAGAGCAGCGCAGGGGGACCCGGAGAAGGAGCUCGAGGGCUCCCCAGAGCAGAGGCUGUCAGGUGUGCACUCGGGAGACCCGGCCCGAGCACCCUUCACGCUCCACUUUCUGCCCCUCGGAUCCGCGCACGCGCUGCACCACAAAGGCUGCUACCAGGGCCGCUUCCAGCUCCUCUACGUGGCCUGCGGCAUGGUGCACCUGCUCGGCCCCGAGCUCGCGGCCUGCGUGGCCCCCGGAGGGAACCUGGUGGUGGAGUCCGCCCGGUUCCUGGUGGACCUGCGCUCCGAGCAGCUGCAGGCCUUCUCUGCUCGCAUCGGGGAGCUGGCGGGAGCGGCCGGCUUCACCCCACGCGCCGCGGCUGGGCCCUCGGAGACCUUCGCACGCUUCACCAAGCCGACUUCCGCGGGACCCAGAAACCUGCCUCAGAUCCCCUCCCUCGGCGCCCCCAGUCCUGUAGCCCCUUCUGCAAGACCUGACCAAGCCCAGGGCGAGCCCGCCUCCCACGCCAAAGUGGGAGCCGACCCCGAGCCCCAGAGCCUCUCCCUUAGUGCUCACAGUCUCUGUUGCGACACCCCUGUCCCCAUUGCUGCAGCCCCUUCCCUAGGAUCUGACCACACCCACAGAGAUCCCUCCUCCUACGCCAGAGUGGAAGCCAGCCCCGAGCCCCAGAGCCUUUCUCUGACCUCUGACGGGGGCUCUCGAGAUCAGGAGCCCCCCGGGAGACACUGACCCGCUGGCGGCGCCUCGCGGUUCCCACGCAGCAUUGCGCUCAGCCCCCAGUGUUGCAGAGCUGGGCCUUCGGGUUCCCACCUGGGGUUCUGUGUGCCAUUCCCAGCGUCCUACAGCUCGGCGCCCCAGACUCAUCCCAGAGCCACCGAUGGGUCGAGGCCCCAGCCUCCAGUCCCACCCCACCUCCUGCCCUCAGUCCCAGCUGUGACUGGAGGGGUGCCCAAGCAGCUCAGUAAAGAGUCCUGUGUCCUCCUUUUUGUUCGAGUCGUGUGCCCUCGUGUCUUCUACCCUCUCUGGGCUUCAGCCCUGGGGAUGGAGAGCCCAGGAGGGCGGAAACAGACUUCUAGGUUUGCAAACAGGCUCUGGGUGGCUGUCCUGAUACUGUGAUUCAAGAACAGGAGGCCUAACCUGAGGCGUGAGUUUAACACACAAUCAAUAGCCCAGUGUGAUGGCCAGAGGCUGAGACAGGAGGAUCGGUGCAAGU